AUGAGUCGCGCGGCAAUCCAGGCUUUCCGUACUGCGCGCCGUGCUCCAGUAUGGAAGGUCGCAGGUAGAAGACCUCGCGCCGUCUCGUUCUCCAGCAGCCAUGCAUUAAGCAUUCGACCGUCAUCCUCGGCUGGGAAACACUCCACAUUCAUCCCGGCGUCAUUACAGUCGUCUAUGCAUCUCCGCAACUUUUCCCUGGCCUUUAUCUCAACUCUAGUCGCCUCCGGGGCCUGGUACGCAUACAAGGGGAGCACUGCACAGCAGACCGCUUUCUCCAACGGAAUCAACGGAACAUCCAUCUCGAGCCCUGCUUUCCAAUCUCGGAGCAUCUCGACGGGCCCUUCUGGAACAGAGCCAGAAGAGCCAGCGCAAGCAACACGCCGUGCUCUCUUGGUAGAGAAUGAUCAAUUCUACACCGCUACACUGUCAGGAGAUCAACCCCUCGCAAAGUAUUCGGACGAUUCAGAUCGCAGAGUCCUCGAAAUGUUGACUCCCGAGCAGGCUACUCAGAAACUGCGGAGGAACGAGGAGUCGUAUUUGGUGAGCCGCGGUCAGGGAGUUGUCCGUUAUGAUAUCGUUCAGGUGCCCAGCAAUUCUCCGAUUGAGGACGAUCAUGCAGAGAAGAUUGUCGAAGUCCCACAAUCAGUGGCCGCUACAAGUGAUGGGGCUUCAAGCAGUGAUUGGAUGUUCUGGUCUAUCUUUGAUGGACACUCUGGUUGGACCACUUCCGCUAAACUGCGUAACGUCCUUAUCUCCUACGUGGCUCGGGAGUUAAACACAACAUAUAAGGCUGCCGCUAGCGAUCCGUCUGCCCUCUCGCCGUCUUCUGAAGCGAUUGAUACUGCAAUCAAACAAGGCUUUGUUCGACUGGACAACGACAUCGUCUACGAGAGCGUCAACAAGGUCAUGAAGGCAAAUUCUAGACGGGCCGCAGCAGAACUAUUAGCCCCUGCUUUGUCCGGCUCGUGUGCCCUUCUCGCUUUCUACAACUCCAAGUCAAAUGAUCUGAAAGUGGCCUGCGCUGGUGACUCUAGAGCCGUUCUGGGACGUCGUGGCCCUAGUGGAAAGUGGACUGCAACGCCGCUCUCCGAGGACCAGACCGGUGGAACACCUUCGGAGAUGAAGCGUUUGCGUGAGGAACACCCUGGAGAACCUCACGUUGUCCGUAAUGGCAGGAUACUAGGUAACCUCGAGCCGAGUCGUUCAUUUGGAGAUGCUUUUUAUAAAUGGUCGAGGGAGACGCAGGACAAGAUUAAACGCCAAUUCUUCGGACGCACUCCGCACCCGCUAUUGCAGACUCCGCCUUAUGUUACUGCUGAACCUGUUAUAACCACAACUAAGAUCGACCCAAAGCAGGGCGACUUCCUUGUCCUGGCAACCGACGGUCUCUGGGAGAUGCUGAGCAAUGAAGAAGUGGUCGGUCUAGUGGGACAGUGGAUCGAACAACAGCAAUCUGGAGGUGCUAAUGGUGUUAGCAAGCCUUGGCUGCAAAGCUGGUUCCGCUCGGAAGCUAAACAGCUCCCUGUGGAAAAGUCCCAGGUCACCAACCAGGAGGGCCAGCGACCUCCGAUUCGCCAGCAGCAGUAUGAUAUCUCAGGCGCAGCUAGCCGAUUUGUCGUGGAGGACAAGAACGCCGCUACGCAUCUUGUUCGAAACGCCAUGGGCGGCAAGGACAAGGACAUGGUUUGUGCUCUUCUUACUCUCCCUAGCCCGUACUCCAGAAGAUACCGUGACGAUAUCACCGUUGAGGUCAUCUUCUUUGGUAAUGGCCCGGACAACCGCACCGUUUCAAUUAACCAAGAGGCUAGCGCUUCUCAGGACAGCGCCAAGGCUAAACUCUGA